AUGGCUACCACCAAUUCAAGGCAGAGACUUUUCUCUCUCCUCUCGUUUCUUAUUCUAAUUCUUCAAUCCAAAAUCUCAUCUGGGUCCGAAACCCCAAUUGAAGAAUCCACCAUUGACGACCUCCAGAUCGCUUUCAAGCUCAAGACUCUGACUUCACGGCAACUGGUUCAGUUCUACCUGGACAGAAUCCAAACCCUCAACAGCCACCUUAGAGGGGUCCUGGAGGUGAACCCAGAUGCGCUUUCCCAAGCCGAUUCCGCCGACGAACAACGUUGGAAAUGGGAAUCGAACCCAUCAGCCAGAACCAGAGCACUGCCGAAGCUGCACAGGAUUCCCAUUUUGCUCAAGGACAACAUUGGCACCAAGGACAAACUUAACACCACCGUCGGCUCCUUUGCGCUGUUGGGUUCCAAAGUUCUGAGGGAUGCCGGGGUUGUGGCGAAGCUGAGGAGCUCUGGGGCUGUGAUUCUGGGGAAGGGUAGCUUGAGCGAGUGGUCGUAUAUCCGGUCGUUUUCCGCGCCGUACAGAUGGAGUGCCAGAGGCGGCCAGGGUGUGGUGAGAACGAGAGAAGGAGAGAGAUCGCUCUGGUUUGGAUUAUGCAAGAGAGCUCUGAGGUGA